AUGUUCAAGUAUCUAAAAACGACGAUCUUGUUAGGAGGUUACGCCCUCCCGAAGGAGAAUGAAUGCAAUCAAAAGGAUCAGCUAGAUGCCAAUGGCUCGUUCGAAAAUUACAACGACAUCACCUCCGCAAUUAUGGAUCCUGACAUGGAAUUCAAACGCCUUAUCGGCGUUGUAUCAGAGCGUCAUACAGGACAUGAAGGUCAGUAUACGCAACAUGGUUUAUACGAAAAUGAUAGUGAUGACAAUGUUAUGUGA